AUGGAGACUUAUGAGAGUAUUUCGUUGGAGCCUCCCCAUGCUCUCUUCCAGUCGAGGUCCAGCACUCUGGGCUCCUUGAACAACAACGGCAGCCUACACAAUGUCGGCUCUGACCGCAGCGAUGCAAAAAGCGUCCCCAGUUCGCUCAGCGUCAAUUAUCUCCCAUCUAAGUUCUCAAGCACUUUGCUCUCUGGCGGGCCAAAGAGGCGCAAGGUUUGGAGAACAGGAGAUGCAUCACUCCCCAAACACGGUGGCGGACGCGAGGCAUUCAAGAGUGACGAGGCGCGCAUGCCUGGUGAAGGCGACGAUGACUUUGACAGGCUAAUGGUCAGCGGUCACGAAAGUGGCUAUACGAAGCGGCGGCAGAGCUGGAACAGGUUCAAAUGGACGCUAUUCGUGUCGAACUUUGUGUUCACAAUGUACUCCAUCGCAGGCCUUGUGGUGUGCCUCAUGCUCUGGUUCAACAUAUUUACGAAUGCAGAUAUCAUCCGCGUUGCGAACCAUAUGGAGCUCAUCCUCAGCACCCUUGCUGCCUCGCUUGGAGUUUUGACGGCGCUCGUGGGGUGGUCCGGGAUACUGCUGAACAACCGGACGUUCCUCGCAGUUUAUUGUACGCUCCUGUGGGUGUGCUUCGGGCUGUUGGUGACACCCGGAUAUACUACCUAUAAACGGCGGACGUUCAACCUAGAGGGGAAGCUCGGCCAGCAGUGGUCGCAGCUUCUCGGACUGUCAGGACGCCGACGGGUGCAGGACGUGCUCCACUGUUGCGGAUACUUCAGUCCAUUUGUCGAGGCAGCAGUGAGUCAGACCUGCUAUGCGCGCAGCGUCCUACCUGGUUGCAAAGGGCCGUUUCUGCGCUUCGAACGCGCAGUGCUCGGAUGGUGGUACACCAUCGUAUUCGCGGCUGUCCCCGUGCAGAUUGCGGUGAUGGUCGCAAGCAUAUUGUCUGCAAGUCACGUAACCUACCGGUUUGGGAAAGGCAUGAUGCCCAAACCAUACCAACUAGACGUCAGUAGCUUGGCGAUAAUCAUGGAGAAUUAUGCGAGUCAACUGGCAGAGCAGUACGGGCCUGCAGUCGCCUCAGAAAUGAUGGUGCGCUCGGGCUCGGGGCUGCAUCUGGAUAGCAUGCCAAUCGUCCCAUAUAUGAGGAAUCCAUCUUCGAAUUCUUCGGGCAGCCAGUAUAGCACGUCUUCUGGAGAGGCACCGCGUCCAUUCAAUGGUUGA